GAUAAUGGGAGGAUGGGAGAAUGGCCAAUCCUAGUGGAUAAUGGGAGAAUGGCCAAUCCUAGUGGAUAAUGGGAGAAUGGCCAAUCCUAGUGGAUAAUGGGAGGGUCACAUUCUUUUCUUCGACCAACAACAACCGGAAGAUAAACAUUCGAAAAUACUCUAGCCACUUUUAAAUCGUUUUUAUCGUAACGAAAGUGCAAUAAAAAACACAACAUUGUCUAUGAUAUGGAUUUUUAAAGAUACUUAGGUGACAAAUCCUCUGAUCCAGGCUCGUCUCACUCUUGACCGGCCAGUGCCACGGUGUUAACGUUCCCCCUCCAGGCCACCACCCCCAUCCCUUAAAUGAGAAUGUCUCUGGCCCAGAGAGUCCUCCUAACCUGGAUAUUCUCCCUCAUCUUCCUCAUCAUGCUGGUCCUCAAACUGGACUCCAAGAUCCCCUGGAACUGGUUCCUCAUCUUCCUCCCUGUAUGGAUUUUUGACACAAUCCUCAUCCUCAUGCUGGUGGUGAAGAUGGCGGGUCGGUGCAAACCCGGCUAUGACCUGCGUGACGGCCAGCAGAACCUGCGACGGAGGGUGUGGUACCUAGUGGCCAUGCUGCUGAAGCUGGGCUUCUGUCUGACGCUGUGCGCCCGGCUGGAGAGGCUGAUGGAGAUCUCGCUCAGUGUGGUGUGUGUCCCCCUCUGGGCCCUACUGGUCGGGGCCAUGGUGGAGCUGGGCUACAAUGUCUUUCACUACCGCAGAGAGUGAGAGGAUGGAGAUGGAGAUUGAUUUUAUUACUCCGUCUAGGAUAUAAAGACUGCAAGUUAGUCUGUAGGGGAGGUGAAUGGGAGAUUAUUGUAAUCCACUGGAGAUGAGAAAUUGUUUAUUUUCACUACAGCAGAGACUGAAAGAAUGGGGAGAUGGAAAAGGGAAUUGAUUUAGUUUACUCCCACUAGUACAGGAUGUAAAGACCACUACAAGAGACAAUGCAGGGAGGAGAGAGUAGUGAUAUGGCAAUAUAUUUUAAGGGUUUAUGCUGCUUCCAAAUCUAAUCUUUAUUUCGCCCUAGUGAUACAGCAAGCAACGUUGCAGCCAUGUUGGUCUUUGCCAUGAUGGUCUCUGGUUGAGAAUUCAGGGUAUUCAUAAGCAGACUGGAUCUCCUGAUAGACUGACUGAUCUGUGCAUGUGCCUUUGUUACUCUCAGAUAACUGGGACAGUUGGGUCCAAUGGGUUUAUAUGUGAACAUUGAUUAUGUUUCUUUGAAGUGGUAGGGAUCGGUUUUUCCGUGGAGACCACAGAGAAACACACAUAUAAAUAAUUAAAUAUAUACAAUUCCUCAACUUUGCUGAAGUUAUCAAAUAUCUGACUGGGUUGGAUUGGUGAAAGCAGUAUGACUAAUUAUACAGCAGUAUAUCCCAUCUUUAAUUUAUCCAAUCACAUGCAGAUUAGUGACUACUUCAAAGGGAGAAAUGAAGUGUACAUUCUAUAAGUGUUGGAACAUGGCUCUGAGUCUAAUAUAAAAAUAAUUACAUAACUGGUAACCUGACCCACCCCAGAGAGGACAGAGGGAGGGAUUACCUGCCCUCCGGGGUGUUGUGUAAGAGGUCAGCUCAUUGGUGUAUCAGGGACAGGACUCGUACUGUUUCUGCUACUGGCAGCCAGGGCAUCAGGGUUAUAAAGUGCUAUAAUAACUCCCAUGUUGUCUUCUGUGAUAUUUUGUUUGCUAAGGCAGAGUUUCUCAAUCUAGUCUUGUGGCACACCCAGGAGGGUGCGUGUAUUUUUGCUGUGCUCUAGUCAAGCACUAACACACCUGAUUCUACUAAGCAAGUAAUCAUCAACCCAUAUUAGCUGAAUAAGGCUAAUGAUUGGACCUGUGUUAGAACCAAAAUGUGCAUCCUUUUAGAGUCUCACAGGAAUGGAUUGAGAAACACUGUACAAAGGGCCUGUCUCUGGCUGGGGUGUGCCAGGUCUAACAAAAACCUUUAGAACCUUCCCUUAUUUUCUAUCCGUUAAGCUACAGCCACCGUUAAGCUACAGCCACACUCAGACGCGUGAACACGGAUGAAAUCGUAUAUGAUGUUAACUCAGUGGCCAGUUUAUUAGGUACACCACCCUGUUCACGAAAAUGGAUCGCUCCUACAGACAGUGAGUCACGU